CACGCCUAUUUAAAUAUUUAACCCUUUGAUUCCCUCUUUGAUUGAUUCUUUCUCUUCCCACGAGGUUUACUUUCAAGAUGACCAAUAGGCUGACGUACCGCAGGAGGCUCUCCUACAACACAAAAUCAAACAGGAGGAGAGUUUCAAAGACCCCAGGUGGUAGGCUAGUCUACCUCUAUCCAGGCAAGAGAGGUAAUCCAGCAAAAUGUGGUGACUGUAAAGAAAAAUUAAGAGGGGUUCCUGCUGUACGGCCUAAGAAACUAAUGUCCAUGUCAAGGCCUAAGAAGACGGUUAAUCGUACUUAUGGCGGAUCCAGGUGUCACAGAUGUGUUAGGGAAAGAAUUGUCAGGGCAUUUCUCAUAGAAGAACAGAAGAUUGUUGCAAGAGCUGUCAAAAUGCAGCAGCAAGCAAAAAAGAAGAAAUAGACACGGACACUGUAAUUUUAUAAAUGUGAUUGAAAACCAAUAAAUUAUGAAAAUCACUAUUUGAAAGACUCUCAAGUCCAUUUGAUACCA